GUUCAGAACAAUUGUAUGUGAUGUUGUCCGCAAAUAAAAUUAAAAAAAAAAAAGAACCGAUUUGAAUUUCUUAAUACUUGUUAUGAAUGUCGCGGGUCCGGUUUGCACUUACAGUUUGUUUAGACAAUCGUUAUCACUAUGCGUGUGUGAAUUCCAGGAGUCUUGCCGUACUCCUUACAGAAUCUCGGAAUGCUUCCCCGUUUACAAUAUAUGUAUAACUGGGAUCCAAAUAGGACAACCGCAGUUGUGGACUCACCUUUUGUUAAUUCGCUCUAGUCAUUUAUAUACAUAUUUUAUUGCAUGUAGAAAAAGGUAAAGCGAGCUUAAUUCUGACACAUUUUUCAAGGUACUAUCCAAUAAAUAACUUCAAAGACAAGUUUAAUUCAGCUUAAACUCACUCAAUAAAAUUGAAAACAUAAAAUGUUAAAUCAAAUAGGUCGCUCAUUACAGCUCUAGUCAUACUACUAAACACCUAUUUUAUCAACCAACUGCAACAUUUUAUGGUUAUUAUUAUUAGUAAAAAUUAUGCGGUCUUCAGAAAACCACGUGUAAUAUAUUCAUGAUGUUAAAAAUAUCCGGAAUUCAAAUAGAAAUAUAAUUAUAAUUUUCGACUUCAUUAUCAAUGCUGUGUUUUGUCAAUGUAUUUGUAGAGAAACUGAUUUUUACAUUAUUUUUCAAUUCUUUAAAACCCUUUGUUUGUAUACUUACAAAUUUUCAUCAGGUUUGUGGUAAAACAAUGGCGUAUAAGCUAACAUUAAUUUCCAUUUCAGCGCUUAUUCCCAUUAACAGGUAACACUUCAAUUGUUUAACAACUUCGAAAGUGCGAGAGGGAUGGAUAUAGGCGUUCAACACGCGAGCGACAGUGACGGAAAACAAUAGAGCAUUGAAGGCAUGCGAGCAGUUUGUGGAUCGCACAAAGGAUUUGGGGUCACGAGGGUAAGGUGGGAGAUUUACCCUUUAUUAGGGGUAAAAAGCACGGGUAAUUUAGUAGGCCUUUGCUGUAAUUUUGAAUAACUUUUCCAGACUUUUAACGAUUGCUCUAGUGAUUUGUGUUCUUUACAAUAAUAUUUUGUUGAGUUUUUGCAUGACUGAUUUAUAAAGGUAAUGUGGUAAUACAAGUUACUUUAACAAAAUAACCUUCCAAGCUUUUGCCUUAGAAAUAUUUAUAGAAUACUGAUUGACGAUCUUAGAUACAUCCCUCCCGCGCUGCAAGUCCUUUUUAAAUGCAUCUUGCGUGUGACUGCAUUUAUUAAUCUGUCAGCUCUCGGCUCUAUACAGAAUUUACCUUUGCGUUGGUCGAUUGACGAGACACACGUACAAUGAUAUAAUUAACAUUUCGUAAUAAGGACAAGUUUUUAGAAAUAGCAUUUCAAUAAUAUAUAGGAAUUUAUUUGUCAAGCAAUUAAUGGAUUUAGUCAUGGCAAACUUAGGCAAAGAUCAGCUUCCUGUCAUAUUUGAAUCAGAUUUUUUUGAAAUCCCUAAAAAAGUUUUACUACUUUCUGAAAAAUCAACUCGGGAAAAUGUGAGAAUAAUUUUCCAGCUCUAGCAACACCGCGCUGAAAGAAAACCACCGGGAAUCGGGAGCUUGCCCGAGCGUGCUUCAGUCGGUCGCGAGACCUCGGCCACGCCACCCGGCCGCGACCCAUCGACCACAAUAAACCGAACAAUCGAAUUAAAACCGAAUACCAAAUACAUAAUAACCUAAACAUCACACAAAUAACAUUCAGAAACCACAUAUUCGAAGUUACCAAUCGAUUCGUGUCGCGUGUUCAUUUACAAAAUGAAACUAGGUUGUGACUUGUGACUGUGAGAGUGCACAGGAUCUAGUGAAACAGGGAUAUUAUUAAAAUAGGCUGUUUGCACACUGUUGUUGUGAGGCAAGGGGCAGGAACAUAAGUGUUGUGUGAAUACGAUGUAUCUUAUGUGACGUCAUCAGAGUGCGUGUGCGCAAGAAUCAGUGACGUAGUGCGUGACGUCAGCUUAGCAAGAUGGCUGACCCCGACGCGUUUGAUGACGAGAAGUUGGUUGUCGGUGGUCCGAACCAGCGGAACUGGCGUGGGAUCCUGAUCGCGCUGCUGGUGAUCGUGGCUGUACUGGCCCUGAUCGUAACGUCAGUGGUGCUCCUGACUCCGCCGGAUGAGGGACCCAGGGUCAAAGGCAGACGGUUGCGAAUCCAGGAUCUACUGAAUGAGGAGCUAUCGCCGGUGCGGUGGAAUGGGACCUGGAUUUCUGGCGAUGAGUUCAUCUUCCGCGACAGUUGGGGCGGCAUCAGCCUCAUGUUCGCCGCUAACCAGACAACCAAAACACUCAUGCCUAACACGACAUUUAGGGUGUUGGAACCAGCCUCGUUCUCGGUGUCUGCUGACCGAAGGUUCCUCCUGCUAGCACAGAACGUCCGCAAGAUACACACGCACUCCUACCUCGCCAAAUACACUGUUUACGAUAUACUGACUACCGAAUCCUACCCACUUACGCCACUGCCCGACGAGGUGGGCGGCGGCGUGAUAACCGAAGGGCCAUCCCUUCUCCUCGCGACCUGGACUCCGAAAGGCCACGGGCUCAUCACCGUCAAGGACUACGACAUCUACUACAGACCAGCACCGAGGUCCUCUACUGGGUACCGCGUGACGGACUCCGGGAUUCCGGGGACCAUACAUAAUGGGGUCCCGGAUUGGCUGUAUGAAGAAGAGAUUCUUCAAUCUCGCUCAGCUCUAUGGAUGUCAGCAGAUGGCCACAUGGUGCUGUACGCGACCUUCAACGACAGCCUCGUUCAUGAACAGAAGUACCCUUGGUACGGGGCAGCCCUGGACACGGAUGAUCCAGCUAAGACAUACCCGGAGAUCAGAAGCGUGCGCUACCCAAAGCCAGGCACCAACAAUCCCACCGUGACGCUGACGGUAGCAGACAUCGCGGACCCCAAGCACAUUCGCACCAGGCACCUCACGCCACCCAAACCUAUUAUAGAAGAGGGAGAUUACUACUUCACGAGUGCCAAGUGGGUGUCUCUCACGGAAGUCUGCGUGGUCUGGCUGACGAGGAUGCAGAACUUAUCGGUGGUGUCCAUCUGCAAGAGUCCCAUGUGGUACUGUCAGGAGGUAUACAGAAUAUCAUCAGGCAAUGACGGCUGGGUGGAAUCAGCACCGUCCCCGCUCUGGUCAGCGGGUGGGGGAGCUCUGGUGACCCUGGCGCCUGUCCGGGAUGGCCCAGCAGGCCUGUUCCGACACAUCGUGAGGACCGAGCACAACGCUCACGGACCGAGAGCUCUGCCGCUGACACACGGCAGCUUUGACGUCGUUAGUCUAUUAGCUUGGGAUCAUGCGAAUCAGCAUAUCUAUUACCUGGGCAUCCCGGAAGGAAAACCGGGGCAGCAACACUUGUACAGAGUAUCGUCCGAGGCGCCCCGACCUGGCUCCCCGCAGAAACUGCCCUACUGCGUCACAUGUAAUUCACAGCCGUCUCCAUCAAUAAACCUGGAGUACUACGGCAGCCUGGCGUCGUCAGGAGACAGCACGUGGGGCGACAGCGACUGGGAUGAGGAACUCCCCGCCACCUCCCCAUCACCAAGCAAGAAAAAGAAGAAGAAGAACCCAGCUGAUGGUAUACCGCAGAACCUGCCCUGCCUGUACCACGAGGCCCACUUCAGCCCCUCAGCGGCGUACUUCAUCCUGGAGUGCCUGGGACCCGGAGUCCCAACCUUCAGCCUGCACAGAACUGCUCUGCCGGACCCUCGGCUGCUGGCGCACUUGGAGAAUAAUACUAUUGUUAAGGAGAAGCUAGCAGCGAUAGCUCUACCAACCCCACGGACGUUCUCCGUGCAGUUGUCAAGCGGCCAUGCGGCCAGGGUGCGGCUCCUGCUGCCUCCAGGCCUCAGAGAGGAUGAGGUCACCAAGUACCCUCUAGUUAUGAAAGUGCACGGUGCGCCAGGCACCCAGCUAGUCACAGAGCGGUGGUCUCUUGACUGGGGCUCGCUAGCUGCCGGCGCAGGUGCUAUUCUCGCGUCGGUGGACGCGCGCGGUGCCGGCGGCCGCGGGCUCGGCGCGCACCACACGCUACAUCGCCGGCUCGGUACUGUCGAGUUGCAGGAUCAACUGGAAGUCGCCGAGUAUCUCCGCGACUCCCUGCACUUCAUAGAUGCUCGUCGCGUGGCGGUCUGGGGGCAGGCCCACGGCGGCUUCCUCGCCGCACUGGCGCUCGCCAGCACGCUGAACGUCUUCCAUUGCGGCAUCGCGCUCACGCCUAUAGUACGCUGGCGGUACUACGCAUCAGCAUACGCGGAACGUUACAUGGGCUUCCCGAACGCGACGGGCAACUACCGCGGGUACGCAGAUGCUGACGUCACCAAGCAGGCGGCGGCGCUGCACGAUAAGAUGCUGCUGCUGGUCCACGGGACGGCGGACAAUAAUGUGCACGUGCAGCAGAGUAUGGCUCUCGCGAGGGCACUCGCUGAUCAGGGGAGCAUGUUCCGGCAGCAGAUCUACCCCGACGAGGGUCAUAGCCUGGAAGGAGUGAAGCGCCACCUAUACCGCACCAUGUCCGCCUUCCUGGACGACUGCUUCAGGAAGCAAGUGCCGCCGGAGACCAAGGCGGGUUUGCGGAACGGCGGGAACCUAGACUGAGACACGUGGAGGGAUGAGGAGUUGUGCUCUUGUUCACCAAUACGGGUUGAGGACAACUCCGAGCCAGAGAGCUCCGAAACGAGGUAAUAAAUAACCGAGAAGCUAACACCUGAAGAGAGAGCGUAGUAAUAGUAUAAACCCGUAGUACAAUUAACUCCAUAUCCAACGCGUAUGUCAACUGCCAUCACUAUAGAUAUACAGGUUUUAUCAUAGGGAUAGUUCUCCAUAGGUUCUUAUGAGGAGACUUCAGCAGCCAUCAGAUUGAGGAGCUCACUUAGCCUGAAGAGGGCAUCAAGAAAUUAAGUAAUCGUACUAAGUCUAUGAUACAUAAAAUUGGAAUCUAAGUAAUUGUGGGUUCUGAAGCGAUCCUCAUUCAGACUUAUGGAGUAACUGUAGAUGUUUAAAGUAUGGACGUAGCUGGGAUGUUGGAAACAAUUAUUUCAUACAAAUGAGAGUCCAGAUUUCCAUUUAAAUUGGUAGGCGAAUACCGAAUACCUCUAACCGGUGAUAAAUUAUGACGAUAACGAAACUUCAGUAUUCGGAUACUUCUUAAAAUAUAAUGUUGGAUGGAGGAUAGAAUCAUAUUUUCCACAAUUACUUAGUGAAAAAUAUGUUUCCUAAAGCAUCCCAGUUGCGACAAUAAUUUCAUCCUAUCUUAUUGAAACUUGAUUUCGAUCAUAUUAUUAAAUUGACGUAUUGUAAAACCGUAUUGGAAGAAUAAAAUCGUGACGCAAAUGAAAUCUUUGACAAUUCCAUAGUGUUUUGUGGAAUUAACAAGAGAUUUUAAUUGUGAACGAAUAUUCUUUAAAUAAUGCGUCAAACAAUAAUAAGGUCGGACCGACAGAUACAAUAAUAUGAAAUUCUUUUAACAAUAUAGCCCUAAAUUUUAAUGUUGAAUAACGCCAAUUAUUUGUAAGUAUAAAGAUAUUUACAGCAGUAAUUUUACACAAACACAUAUCGAGAAUUCCAAGAUUUCUUAUUACCUAUUCAAAUCUGCUCCAUAUUGAAGUGACAUUUCUAUAAUCUGCAACACUAAUCUAAUACUUCAAGUGUAUGGAACUGACAGAUCUAUCACGUGAUUUCGAAGAGCGCUGUCAAUUCCAUACAUUUGGGAAUAUCCGUCACGCUUGUAGAAAUAUCACAUCUAUGAGGGCUAAUAAUAAAAUUAAAAGUUAUAUUUCAAAUAUCUCACUGUUUGCACAACUGAUCACAAGUUUUCUUCCAUAAUAUUAUCGAAGCAUGUAAAUGUUUGCAUUAGCUAAGCGCGUUUCAUCUAGUGACAAAUAAAGGAAUUGAUAAAUAGUUCUUUAGUCAAUGGUUUUGUGAUCUUGUAGUUAACUCGUUAUAACUAGUGGUAUCUUAAUUCACGAGUCAUCGACAUGAUAGCUGGUUCCUUUGAGGAAGUAUUUCGUAAUUAAGCUGUUGUUAUAUUGUUUAAUGCCUUGGCCUUUGGUACUUCAGUAUAACCAACCAAUAAGUAUACACCUGCUGUAGUACACCGUAAUGUAUAAACUGCCAUACACCAACACACUCCUUGUGUCGCGUGCGGCUCAUAAAUAUUUUAAUAAUGCACAAGACUCCCAGACUCAGUACACGGAUUCGUGGAUCAUACAAGUACUUGCCCGAGACGUCCAUCACAGUAGAUUUCGCGUGUGAUCUGCACCAACCAGCGAUCCGUGGAGUCAAAAGCCGGACAGAAUGUACUAAAAAAGAUUGUUACAGUUUUGAAAAGACCUCUGACAAUACUUGAAUUAGAUUCAACUGAAAACAAAAAUUGUACAAAGUAUUGCAAUAGGAAAGUUGCCAAGCAGAAACAUAAAUCUAGUAAAGAAAAUUCCCAAGACAUCAAUAAUUAAAGUGUGUUAUUAUUAACUCAAUAUAUCCAAUGUUGUACGUCAGAGAAAAUGAUAAUGCAAAGUAGUUUAAAACCGAGUUUUCUUACUGAUGAUGGAGAGAAUAGCCAUUAAAAGGGACAAUAGAAAAAAUGAUUAGCCAGAGUGCGCCGGACGUACAAUGGCUUUAUUCAAAGGGAAUAUUUACUUGAGUGUAGAACUGAUUUAUUUAAUGCAAAUACAUAAAUACUUCCUUCUGCUGUAAUACCCAGGCCAAGGUUUUAGGUCAACUUUGACCCUCUCGAGUUCAUAACUCAUAAAAGCCAUUGCAAUAUUUUGCAAUGUGAAUAAUUUGAUUCGAAUAAUUUUAUCGCAUACGAUGAUGGUAAAGUGUAAUUUCUAAAUGACAAAUAAUUGUACAGAUAUUAAUAAUAUUUCCCAUUUAGAUAAUAUAUUAUAUGCUUUUUUCUGUAUUUUAUUAAAUGUACGAAAUUAUGAAUAAUCCAAUUGUAUAUUUUACGGGUAUUUUAAAUAAAACGUGCACCUUAAUUUCUCGUUGAAAUGGGGUAAUUUUAAAUUGUGAUGGCACUGGUUCUGAAGUACCCGUAAAAUAGGUCGUAUAUUUUGUAAAAUACAUUAAUUAAUUAAAAAAAUCUAAACAUUUGAUCAUUAAGUAUAAAAUUGCUCACUCUCAUGAAAUUUUGCAUGUUUCUAGUCACUUCAUUUAAAGUAUUAAUAGUAUUUAAUAAUAAAUUUUAUUAAAGACCAAUAGU